AUGGUGGCACCAUCUCCGGAUGGAAGAUGGGUCUUUCCAAGUCUAGAUGCAGAGCUGCUCUUCUACAGAUAUCUUGACAAUUUCCUUGUUGUCAUAAUUGAUGAAGGAAAAACAAAGCAUGACAUUCCCUUUCUUAAUCAAGAGUCAAAAACACCAUUGGUGGAAGGAGAUAUUGCAUUACCUCCAGGACGUAAUGCACUAAGAAACACCACGUACCGAUGGAAAUUCCCCAUCCCGUACAUUCUGGCCGACAGCCUUGAUUUAAAUGCCAAGGGUGUUAUCCAUCAGGUGUUCGAAGUCUACAGGCUGAAAUCCUGUGUGGAUUUUAAACCUUAUGAAGGUGAAAGCAGCUUCAUAAAAUUUGAAAAACUAGAUGGAUGCUGGUCUCAGGUUGGCGAUUUACAAACAGGUCAGCAGUUAUCGCUUGGCCAAGACUGUGACUACAAAGCCACCAUUGAACAUGAGCUUCUGCAUGCUUUGGGAUUUUAUCAUGAGCAAUCCCGUACAGACCGAGAUGAUUAUAUAAAGAUUUGGUGGGAUCAGGUCCUUCCAGGCAUGGAGCACAACUUUGUGAAAUAUAAUGAUCAGUUCAUUACUGAUCAAAAUACUCCUUACGAUUAUGAAUCUAUAAUGCAUUACGGACCUUACACUUUCAACAAGCAUCCAAAUAUUCCAAGUAUUACAGCCAAAAUUCCAGAGCUGACCAGUGCUAUUGGACAGUACUUGGACUUCAGUAGGCUUGAUUUGCAGAGGUUAAAUAAAAUGUAUAACUGUUCAUCUUCCCUUACACUUUUGGAUCAAUGUACCUUUGAAUAUAUUAACAUCUGUGGGAUGAUCCAACACUCGAAUGAUGAUAGCAGUUGGAGCCAUGUUAAAGGAUCCUUUGGGAUGGAGGACCACACCCUUACUGGACAAUGCAGAGAUGCUGGAUACUUCAUGUACUUUAAUACAAAGUUCGGGGUGAUAGAUGAAACGGCUCUCCUAGAGUCCCGCAUUUUGUAUCCUAAACGUCAGCUUCAGUGUUUGCAGUUUUUUUACAAAAUGACUGGAAGCCCUAAAGACCUGCUAGUUGUAUGGAUAAGAACCUAUGAUGAGACAGGCAACAUCCAAAAACUUGUGAAAAUGCAGACGUUCUCAGGAGAUCUCGAGCAUAGCUGGAAAAUUGCACAUGUGCAACUGAAUGCCACCUCAAAGUUUCGCUAUGCAUUCCAAGGGCUGAAAAAAGAUCCGGCAAACUCACAAGGAGGGAUCUUCAUUGAUGACAUCAGCCUGGCAGAGACACGCUGUCCAAGGGGUGUCUGGCAAAUCCCUAAAUUUAGUAAACUUCUUCAAACUACUAAAAUUGGAGAUUAUAUUCAAAGUCCACGUUUUUAUAGCCCUGAAGGCUAUGGCUAUGGCAUUCAACUUCUUCCACAUUCCUAUGAGUUGAACUACACUGGAGCUUUCUUUCAUCUUACCAGUGGUGAUAAUGACGAUAAUUUACAAUGGCCUGCUGCUAACCGUCAAGUCACCAUCACUGUACUUGAUCAAAAUCCUGACAUAAAAUUGAGAAUAUCUCCAAGCAGGAGUUUUACAACAGAUGGAAAAUUGAUUAUACCUGGUUCAAAUGGCCUGCUCUAUUGGGACAGACCUUCUAAAACUGGCACUUAUGAUUCAACCUGUGACUGCUACCGAAGCUGGACGUGGGGAUGGAAUGUACUCAUUUCCCAUUAUGACCUGCAACGCAGACAUUAUUUGAAAAAUGAUGAUCUUAUUGUCUUCAUUGACUUUGAAGAUCUCACACCACUGAUUAAGACUGAAGUACCAGUAAAACGAGCAGAUUCAAGUCCUGAGCAUAACAAACCUUCUUUGAAUAAUGACAUAUAA